AUGUCAAAUGUUAAUCCUGAGGAAAAAAGUAUGGAAUAUAUUUCAAUUAGUAGUUCAGAAUUGAGUCAAAUAAGAGAUUUUGAAUUAAAAUCGGUAGAAAAAUCCCAUAAAAGCCGAAUCAAAAGUAAAAGAUUUAAAAGAAUUGAAGACUUGAGAAGAAAGAGACAAGUACGGAGAGGACAUAUCGGGCUCCACAGACAAUCUAUUGAGCUAAAAUCCAAAAAAGCUGAAGAAGCUGAAAAACAAAGAGCUGUGGAAGUUGAAAUUCAAAGAUCUAAGGAAGCUAAAAAACAAAGAGUUGUGGAAGUUGAAAUUCAAAGAUCUAAGGAAGCUGAUGAAAUUAUAUCUAGAAAAGUUAAAAAAGCAGAAAUAAAAAAAGUCAAAGAUGUUGAAUUAGAAAGAUUCAAAAACGAUAAGAUAAAAAAAGCUAAAGAAGUUGAAACAAAAAAACAUAAGGAAGCCGAAUUAAGAAAAAAUAUUGCUGUUGAAGAAACACAAAUAAAAUCAUUAGAUAAGAGAUCUACUUUGAAGAAAGUGAAUGAACCAGGAAAUAAUCGAUCAUUUGGACAACCCGAGGUCAAUUUGGUAAAGAAUAAUGUAGUUCGUCCUGUACAUUUUAAGAGAAUCAAUGAGCAUGUAGAAAAUGAUAUAAAUAUGAUUACAAAUGAUGAUUUUGAAACAUUUAAUAUAAGAGAACAAGGAAUAAGGAAGUGUAUGGGAUCUGAAGGAAAAACCUCUAAAGAAAUAGAAACAAAUUCAACUAAAGUUAAGAUGAUCACUAGGACAAGGGGACUAAAGGUUGAAGAAAAGCUUAAAGAAUCAUAUGUUUCUAAAAAUGUGCCUACUAAACGACCACAAAUAAAAUCUUCCGGAUCCUCAUCAUCUAGUGCAAGUCCAACUAGUAUCGAGAAUCCAUCAAUUCCUAGUUAUGAAUAUAAGAAACAAACCAUAAAUACAGAUGAUAAUAGUAAACGGAAUAUCACUUCCAACAAAUUACAUGAUAAAAAGAACAAAAGAGAUUUAAACAUUGACCCUAGUGUCAUUAUUAGAAAAGAAAAUUUGAAUCGUGAAGUUAUUGGUAUUCCAAGAACUCGUACUCGUUCAUCAUCGUUUAAGCAAAAAAUUAAGUCGGAAACUACAUCUUCAAAGCAAGACCAAGAUAAUGAUACAGAAAUAAUUCCAAAAGAAACUGUAGGAACAAAGACUAUCGUGUCAACUUCUACAUACCCUGAUCAUCAGACCACAAAAUCAAAAAGUCCCCCAAAAACUAUUUUUGAUAAGCAUACGCUUAAUGAUAAUAACUGUGGUAAAACAUUGUUAAUCCCUGUAGUAAUGUUAUCUACAAAUCAAAUUCCACUUCACAAAGUACAUCAACGAUCAGUUAACAACUUUAUAAAGCAACAAGAAAUUAAACCAACACAUGACCAAAUUCAAAAGCAAACUGUAACUACAACUCAAUUAGAUAAGCCGCUUCCUAAGAAACGAGGUCGCAAGCGUCGGAUUGACCUUCCAACUGAAAAACAAGAGUCUAAUAGUAGAAAUAGAACAUCUCAAAAUGCGGCAAAAUGUAAUACAUCAAUAAAAGAGGUAGAACCUCCAGCUAAAAGAACCAGAAGGAGUCUUGGUCUACGUGGUCGUAAAAAGGAAGCCAUGAACAAUUAUGCUCAGCCACGUUCAACCACAGUCGAGCCACGUCAAUCUAAAAAACAAUGUGUGGAGAAGUCUAAUGAAAAUAAUGAAACAUGCAAGAGGCUUAUGAAAUUUGUGUUUAACAAUUUAUGUGAAAAAAGCAAAUAUAUUUCAACUCUGAACAAGGAAGUUACGGAUACACCAUAUGCUGAUGUUAUAAAAUGUCCAAUUGAAGCACGAGGUAUUAAAAGGAAGAUUGCUACAGGAGAAAUUGGAAACCUCGCAGAACUUCAAGUUAAUCUUUUGCUCUUAGCAUUUAAUGCUCAAAUGAUCAAUAGGACCGACUCUAUAGUUUUUAAUGAUGCUACUCAUUUUCAAACUGAUCUUCACGACAAUUGUCUGGAACUUAAAGAUGCUGUUGGUAAACAUUAUGCUAGCAAUGAAGAUGGUACAGUGAUAAAACCCGACAAUAGUAUUAAAGUGGAAUUUCCUGAAUAUAGUAGUAAAAUUGUAAAUAUUAACAAUGAAACAAUCGAUGAUAUACUACUUAAAUAUACUGAUCUGACUAGUGAUGAGUCCACUGAUUCCGAUGAUAGUGAUACGCCACCACCUAAAAAGAAAAGAAAAAAAAACCUUUCUGAUUCUUCCAAUUCAGAAAGUGAUUAA